AUGAUUGCUCAACGCUUGUCUCCUAGCACGUCUGCCUCUUCACCGAAAGUCCCUGAAAAGUCACGGAAUACUACAACGCCGGAGGUGCAACAGGUGGCGACUGUACGAGCUAUGGACUUCAAUGCCCGUCAAGAUGCUUCACAGUUACCAAGUGCUCCAGCGAAGCAGAGUUCCGGACAUCAACCCCAACGGAAAUCUGGCCAACAUGGCUUCAAGAAAUGCUUCACGUGUGGUAAAGGUGACCAUUUAACGAAGCAAUGUCCGCUGAGGAGAUGCUGGAAUUGUCUCAGUGUUGGUCAUUCGGCAUCUGAAUGUCCAAAGUCCGCCCCUACUAUUACCACUACUGCCAAGACCGAUUCUAGAGCGGAGGCAGUGAGGACGGUUGGGUCGACAGAGGCGACAGUUCAGAGUGUUGAUCAAGGUGAGACUGUUAUUCUUCCAUCACGCAGUGUUGUCAUUCGUGCGUGGGGUGAUGGUGACAAAUUGGAUGGUGGAAUAUUGACUGCGACUUAUGGUGGGAAAAUUGUAUUGAGGGGCUUGGUGGAUACUGGUGCUACCGAUGCCCUGUUAUCGAGGACUGUAUAUGAUCAGAUUCGUGAGCAUUGCCCUGGAGUUGCACCACUGAUACCGUGCCAUGCUACGGCUUUACUAGCUAAUGGCACUACUGAGGAGGUCGAAGGCAUAGUGAAGCUUGACCUCAUUUUCUGUGAUCGGGUCAUCACACAUGAAUUCUAUGUUAUUAGGGAACUGCAACCGGGUAUUAUUUGGGGUCUACGUCUGUUGGGACGUGUCGGAGUCACAAUUGAUAUAGGUGACUCGACCAAGGGACUGUGUAUUACUACUCGGGUGAAGAGUCUACCGAAGGAAGAGAGCCUUGAUGUUACCGAACCUGGAAUCAUUGCCAACGUACAUGCUGACUCCAAGGAGAUUGCGGUUCGUAGAGUGAGUGGUGUAUGUUGUGCUCUUUCCUUGGAAGAAGCGGCCCCUCUCCUAGGUGAUACUAGUGAUGAUCCACUUACGAGUCCGCUUGACACUGCUGUUGUACGUUCUUUCGCUUCUCCGAGUUGUGAGGAAAUGGAGUUCGACUGGCGGCCGAUACCGGCAGCACCAGAAUAUGAUUAUCGGGUAAGGCAUGCCAAGGAGACUGACAUCCUCGACUUGCCGGGCGAACAGGAGUAUGUUUGUGAAAUCAGAUGGCCUCCUUUGAAGUCCCAUAUUGGUGGUGUUCAAGCAGACUAUGGUAAAGCCAUGAUUGCUCGAUUAAGUGAGAGUCAGAGGGAUCUAUUGGAGAAGGAGGUAGCCAACUAUCUUGCGCAUCGUUGGUGGGAACGCUCUCCACCACCUGAUGCUGCUGGCUCUACCCCUUCCACUGAUCCUACAAUCUUUACUGAAGUCGACGAAGCUUAG